AGAACAGAAUGACGGGUUUAAGCCAGUGUGUACUCAAAAUUGAUGAACUCAUUAAAAAAAGUGAUUUAAUUGAAGAAGGAAAUCCGGUUCGAUACCGUCUGAAGUUCAUUAAAGACAAUGUGGAUAAACUUGCACCAUAUAGAAAAAUAACAUUUGGGGAGAGAGACACAAACAAACCCCAUAAAACGAUUCUGAUGGUGGGAGAAACCGGCUCAGGAAAAACAACUCUGAUCAAUACUGUGAUCAACUACAUCUUAGGUGUUCAGAGAGAAGAUAAAGUUUGGUUUGAGAUCACAGAUGACCAGAGUGACCGAACAUCCGUUCACAGUCAGACCUCUGAUGUCACUAUAUAUGGUGUAUAUGCACAGGAAGCUUUAGUCGAUUUAACCAUCAUUGACACACCAGGAUAUGGAGACACACAUAAUAUUUCGCAUGAUCAAAAGAUUGCAAAGAAUUUGUCUAGAUUAUCUAAAUCUGAAGGUGUAUUUCAUGAAAUAGAUGCAGUGUGUCUGGUGAUUAAUUCAACCCAAAAUCGACUCUCAGACAGACAACGAUACAUAUUUGAUGCUGUUCAGUCUUUAUUUGGCAAAGAUAUUGCUGAAAAUAUUGUCUUGCUCUUCACAUACUCAACUGGAGCUCACCCUAAAAAUGCCCUGAUGGCCGUUAAAGAGGCCAAAAUCAAGUGUGCUGUAAAAGAGAAUCAGCCCGUGUAUUUCCUGUUUGACAACUGUCAAGGAGAGACAUUUGAUGAAGAAACGAGACGGGAACAAUCAUGGAAUCUCAGUUUUACAGGGAUGGCAGGAUUUUUCAUGUUUCUUGAUGAAGUACAAACAGGUACCUUGCAGAUGACUCAAUAUGUUUUUAAAAAACGGAAGCAGUUGGAAGAAAACAUCUCCAAUAUACGAUCACGUGUUCAAGAGAUAGAACAAAAACUAAAGGAGAAGAAACAAACUCAAGAAGUUCUGGAGAAACACAAGAAAAAUAAUAACUUUGAGGAUGAAGUUGAAGUGAACUACAAAGAAAAGGUUGAUAUUGAUCCUUCUGUAGCCAAACAGGCGAUGUGCUGCACCGUCUGUGAGGAGAACUGUCACUAUCCAGGAUGCUGGUGGGCCACAAAUCUCUCAUGGUGUAGUGUGAUGAAGAAUUAUCACUGUACAGUGUGCACAAAUAAAUGUCACUCCAACAAACAUGUCAAAGAAGACAAAAUAUAUGAAACAAAGAAAAAGAAGGAGAAGAGAACAAAUGAAGGAUUAAAGAAAGUAUAUGAUGAUAAGAUUCGUGAUUUUGAGUCUGAGAUCAACAAGCUGAAAGAAGAUCUGCAAGAAUUAGAGAAAGAGAAAAUGAAGCUGGUGAUUGAAGCUUAUGAUUGUGUUGAAUCUCUGGAGAUGAUCGCCCUCAAGACUGAUUCUCUGUUCACUCUUCAGCACAUUGAUUUUCUCAUUGAGAAGUUGAAGGAAAUCAAUGAACCUGAGAAAGCUGAAACACUGAAGAACAUCAAGAGGAGAGCAGGAGAAAUUAACACCGGAGCACUGAGAUACAUGAAAAAAGUUUACAGAAAUAAAGAAAGCGCCUGUGUUAAUUAAAACAUCAGUAAAUUAUCCUGCAAAUCCUUUUAAAACUGUGUCUAUAAAUAAGGUGUCUGAAUAAUCAUGAAUUCAAUGAAAUUGCUAAAAUGUUUUCAUAUCUCUGUGUCGGAUUGUGAUUUACCAUGUAGAGUUUAUUUUUCCUCAUUGUCCAGAAUAAGACUGAAAAUGAUUGUAAAGCUAGAUUAUAUUAUAUAGCACAGAUGAGGAACAGAGUACAACUGCUCAAAGAUGUUUUACAACAAAAUUUGUGUUUACAAAAACACAAAUUCAUUUUUCCACAUAUUUUUUUAUUUUAUUUUAUUUUAUUUAUUUAUUUACAGUAAUACACACUGUGAUUUUGUCUGUUCUAACACAAAACAGCAAGAACUCCU